UUUAUAUUUGUCUUACAGUUUUUUUUUUUCUUUAACACGAAGUGAAAUAAAACGAAAAUGGAGAGGUGUGGAUUGAUUACACCCGAGAAACAAGCAGUGCCUCUGCAGAGUGUGGAUGUUCAGGUGGAUGUGAAGGACCAUGUUGCUACAGUGGUGUCAACGCUGCUCUACAAAAACAAAGAGGAGAAACCCAUCGAGGCGGUGUUUGUUUUUCCCAUGCCCAGUGAAGCAGCCGUCUGCCAUUUCAGUGCUAAAGUUGGAGAGACUCUUAUCGUGGCUGAGGUGAAAGAGAAGAAACAGGCUCGUGAGGAGUAUGAUGAUGCACUGAGCUCCGGUCAACAGGCCUUUCUAUUGGAGGAGAGCGACCAGAGUCCAGAUAUAUUCUCUAUGAGUGUUGGCAGUCUGUCCCCUGGAGAGAGCGCCUCCAUCAGGCUGGAGUAUGUCACUGAGCUGGAUGUGCAGGCCGAUGAAGCUCUGAGAUUUUGUCUUCCUGCUGUCCUCAACCCUCGAUACCAACCUGCAGGAACAGAAAGCAGCAGUGUGAAAGUGACAUCAGUCCCGUCUUCUCUGGUGCCCUAUGAUCUGACCUUUUCGGCCCGAGUCGAGUCACCCCGGUCAGUCUCCAAUAUAGAGUCCAGCUGCACCGUGGACCCGGUGGAGUAUCUCAACCAAGAUCAAACUAAGGCAUCGGUGAAACUGGCAGCAGGACACAAGUUUGACCGAGACGUGGAGCUGCUCAUUUAUUACAAAGACAGUCACCAGCCCUCAGCUGUGGUGGAGGCAGGACAGGCCUCAGCCAAACCUGGCUCUCUGAUGGGAGACCCAGCCCUGAUGCUGAGUCUGUACCCGGAGUUCCCCAAAGACAUUAUGUCAUCUGUGUCUUCCUCUGGAGAGUUUGUGUUUCUAUUGGAUCGAUCUGGAAGUAUGGGCUGCUCUAUGGGCCACAGAGGAGAGUCAGGGAGUCGGAUUGCCAGUGCACGGGACACUCUGCUGCUGCUGCUCAAGAGCUUACCCAUGGGCUGCUACUUUAACAUCUACAGUUUUGGAUCCACAUUUGAACAAAUCUUUUCGGGGAGUGUGAAGUACAAACAAAAGACAAUGGAGGAGGCUCUGAAAAAGGUGGAAAAGAUGGAGGCUAACCUGGGAGGAACUGAGAUUCUGGCUCCUCUAAAACGCAUUUACAGUCAGGGCUGCAUCCCCAACCAGCCCAGACAGCUGUUUGUCUUCACUGAUGAUGGAGAAGUAGGAAACACCAAAGAAGUCAUCAACCUGGUCAAGUCUAAUGCAGGCUCUCACAGGUGUUUUUCUUUUGGGAUUGGAGAAGGAGCCAGUUCUGCUCUUAUCAAGGGUUUGGCCAAAGAAGGAGGAGGACACGCCCAGUUCAUCACUGGAAAUGACAGGAUGCAACCCAAAGUGAUCCAGUCUUUGCGCUUCGCCAUGCAGCCAGCAGUGGUGGACAUCUCUGUGAAAUGGGACCUGCCCAAAGGGGUGUCUGCCUCUGUGCUGUCCCCACCUCUCACAUCCAUUUUCCAGGGACAACGGUCACUGCUGUACGCCCAACUCACUGGACAGAGCAAAGAGGGAGCAGAGGGCUGUGUGACUGUCAAGUACAGCCUGGCAGGACGUCCCACUGAGAACAAGCUCAACUUCAGCCUCAAACCAGCGGAGGACACAGGACUCACAGUGCACAGGCUGGCAGCACGCUCUCUCAUUCGAUCUCUGGAGCAGGAGCAAGAGGGCGCUAGAGGACAGAAAGACGACACUGUGAAGAAGAAAAUCAUUGAUCUGAGCGUCCAAUCAGGAGUCAGCAGCUCCUUCACUGCCUUCAUCGCCGUGAACAAAACCAGCGGAGAAGCCAUUCAAGGCCCUCUGCUGAGAAGAGAUGUCCCUUUACCAAGGAUGAUGGCUUAUAGUGCACCCAAGACAAUCGCCCGGAUGUCUUGUCCUGAUAUGAUGCCAAUGAAGGCUUGUGCUCAAAAAAGAGAAAGAGAAGGCAGACUCCCACAAUUUGGUCGCACAAGGAGGAGGAUGAUGGCUUAUAGUGCACCCAAGACAAUCGCCCGGAUGUCUUGUCCUGAUAUGAUGCCAAUGAAGGCUUGUGCCGAUGAAGGGACCCAACGCUCUCUCCGAAAUUCGGUUUUACUGACCGAAGACUGUUAUGAUGAUGAUGAUGAUGAUGAUGAUGAUUAUGUUAAGCCUGUCGAUGAGUGUUAUAAGCCUCCCUCACCCAAAGUGCAGCGGGACCCUCUGCUGCAGGUGGUGUCCCUGCAGAAGGCUUCAGGCUGCUGGGAGUUAGAACCAGCUCUGGCCCAAGCCCUGAGCAAGACCAGCCAAGACCUGGAGAGCAAACUGCCUGCAAUGGCAAAGAAAGAAGUGUGGGCCACCAUUUUGGCUCUGGUCUGGCUUCAUGGUCUGAAAGCUGAUGCUAAGGACGAGUGGGAGCUGUUGGUCAUGAAGGCUGUGAUGUGGCUGCGCUCACAGAACGCUCAAGGCCUGACUGAGUGUGUGGAAGCUGCCAAUGCUCUGCUGGGGUGCACUGUUCAGAAAGAUGCACUGGGACUCUAGAUCUUUUUUUUUAUUUUUUAUUUUUCAAUUAAACAGCUUAUUUAAAGGAACAUGCAAAAUGGAGGUGUUCUGCAAAUGUGGCUUACAUACAGUACAAUGUGUCAUUACAUCGUUCCUAACAUGUUAGUUUGAUUCAAGUGUAAGCCAUUCCUGUUGUGAUAGGGUUAUUUUUCUUUGCACAAGUUACUUGUGUAUACACUCCAAUAAAUGAAUUAAUAA